AUGCGUGCCAGUAUUGCCCUUUCUGCUGCCCUCUCCGUUGUGGGUUUUACGUCGGGAGUUUUGGCGACUCCUCCAGCGUGUCUUUUGGCCUGUGUCGCACAGGUGACGGACCAAUCGUCGUCGUGUGAUGGCCUCAACAACGUGCAGUGCGUUUGCAAGAAGGACAACGGCGACUUGAAGAAAUGCCUAGAUUCUGUUUGCCCCAACGAUGAGGCGAGCUCCGCUUACUCGUCGUUCAAGAGCUCCUGCUCGGAACAGAAAGUCACUGUUGGUUCCGUGAGCUCCAGUGCCUCUUCCUCUGCUUCGUCGUCUGCUUCGUCGUCUGCUUCGUCGUCUGCUUCGUCGUCUGCUUCGUCGUCUGCUUCGUCGUCUGCCUCGUCGUCUGCGUCUUCCUCUGCUUCAUCUUCAAGCUCUGCUUCUUCAUCUUCGAGCUCCGCCGCUCCAUCCUCCUCCUCUGCUCCAUCCUCCUCCUCUGCUUCUUCCUCAAGCUCUGCCGUUCCAUCUUCCACCUCUACUUCCUCCUCAAGCUCUGCCGUUCCAUCUUCUACCUCUACUUCCUCCUCAAGCUCUGCCGCUCCAUCUUCCUCCUCAAGCUCCGCCGCUCCAUCCUCCACCUUUGCUUCUUCCACAAGCUCUGCUGCUCCAUCCUCUGCCGCCUCCACACUCUCUACUCAAAUGACGACCUCAUCUACCUUCUCCUCUUCCUCUUCAUCCGUCUCCAUCCUUACUCAGACCGGUGCUGCUAAUCUGCUCGAAGCUGGAUCGGGCUUGGUUGGUGGUUUGAUGAUCGCCGGUAUGAUUCUAUAA